CGACUAAGUUGCAUUCCUUGAAUCUUCGCAGAAAAGACAAUUCUUUCAUCAGAGUUAGGAAUGUGGACAGUACAAAAUCGAGAGAGUUUGAGGCUUCUUUCUUUUCCUGUGAUGGUUGCCAUGGUUUGUUGUGCACACAGCUCCAAUGAACCCAGCAACAUGUCAUACGUGAAAGAGACAGUGGAUCGACUGCUCAAAGGAUAUGACAUUCGCUUGCGGCCGGACUUUGGAGGGCCCCCGGUGGACGUCGGGAUGCGGAUCGACGUCGCCAGCAUAGACAUGGUCUCGGAAGUGAAUAUGGAUUAUACACUUACCAUGUAUUUCCAGCAGUCUUGGAAGGACAAGAGGCUUUCAUAUUCUGGAAUCCCGUUAAACCUGACCCUUGACAACAGGGUAGCUGACCAACUCUGGGUACCAGACACCUACUUUCUCAAUGACAAGAAAUCAUUUGUGCAUGGGGUCACAGUGAAAAACCGAAUGAUAAGGCUGCAUCCUGAUGGAACUGUCCUCUAUGGACUACGGAUUACAACCACCGCAGCAUGCAUGAUGGAUCUUCGAAGGUACCCUCUGGAUGAGCAAAACUGCACCCUGGAGAUUGAAAGUUAUGGCUAUACCACUGAUGACAUCGAGUUUUACUGGAAUGGAGGAGAGGGAGCAGUAACCGGGGUCAAUAAAAUCGAGCUUCCUCAGUUUUCAAUUGUUGACUACAAGAUGGUGUCCAAGAAGGUGGAGUUCACAACAGGGGCAUAUCCACGACUAUCACUAAGUUUCCGCCUAAAGAGAAACAUCGGUUACUUCAUUUUGCAAACCUACAUGCCUUCCACACUGAUUACAAUUCUGUCCUGGGUGUCAUUUUGGAUCAACUAUGAUGCAUCUGCAGCCAGAGUCGCGCUAGGAAUUACCACGGUGCUGACAAUGACAACCAUCAGCACUCACCUCAGGGAGACUCUGCCAAAGAUUCCUUACGUCAAGGCGAUUGAUAUCUACCUGAUGGGCUGCUUUGUGUUUGUGUUCCUGGCUCUGCUGGAAUAUGCUUUCGUAAAUUACAUUUUCUUUGGAAAAGGCCCUCAGAAGAAGGGAGCGAGCAAACAAGACCAGAGUGCCAAUGAAAAGAACAAACUGGAGAUGAACAAAGUCCAGGUCGACGCCCACGGCAAUAUUCUCCUCAGCACUCUGGAAAUCAGGAAUGAAACCAGCGGCUCCGAGGUGCUCACGGGUGUGAGUGACCCCAAGGCCACCAUGUACUCGUACGACAGCGCCAGCAUCCAGUACCGCAAGCCGCUGAGCAGCCGCGAGGGCUUCGGGCGCGGGCUGGACAGGCACGGGGUGCCAGGCAAGGGGCGCAUCCGCAGGCGUGCCUCGCAACUCAAAGUGAAGAUCCCUGACUUAACUGACGUGAACUCCAUAGACAAGUGGUCCCGAAUGUUUUUCCCCAUCACAUUUUCUCUUUUUAAUGUCGUUUAUUGGCUUUACUACGUCCACUAAAGUCAGUCUCAUGGUUCGGUUUAGACUAUCUUCCUUGGCUUGUUUUCUAACCCCACACUCUCCCAACAGCGAUUACUGCUGUGGUUUUUGGAGGUCAGAGAUUCAGCCAUCCAAUUGGUUUUCGGUAUUGCGUGUCAGUUUUUAUUAUCACACCAUGUUUACUUCAGCAACAACAAAAGGUAUUUGUUCGUGUGCACAGUGGUCCCGGUUACUAGCUCUCUUUCAGCAUCCCAUCAAUUGCUUUGUUUACAAACACAAAAGGAGAUGGGUGGUAACUACUGUUGGUAGUCUUUCCUAGUGGCCCUGGAUCUCACAGAAUAAUUUGAAAAUGAAAAUGUACAGUGGACUUGCUGUCCACCAGCACUGUGUUCUGAGAAAGCUGUAAUCAUCUCAUUCUGCCAAAAAAUAAUGAUGUUUUUAAUGACAGGAAAAAAAAAAAACAACUAACUUCAGCAUCUCAGAUGAAAAAGCCAUUUGACAAAUAGCAGGUUUUCAGGAAGCAGGGAUAUAGCAGACAAUUCCCCCUCCCUUCUGAAGUUCUCCUGGGUCCCUUCUAGAAAGGCUUCUAGACUCUGCAAAAGAGGGACAUCAAAGCUAGUGUUAGUCACCUUUUCCCCAAACUCACCCUACUGUGUCCAUCUAACAAUGACCAUGGCUAUCCUUAAAAGUAUUUCUUUCUCAAACUGCCCAGAUGGUCAAAGUUAGCAUUCGAACCCAACCUGAUCUAUCUGGUAGUCACUGAGAACAUUUUUCUUUCCUUGUCAAGAAUAAGAAGUUUGGGGGACAAUCAAUCUUUUCCUUGCUGACCUUUAUGGGAAGCAGCCUUGCCUGGUCUUUGUAAACUUUGGGCUCUCUUGAUGCCAUGAAAACCAUGUGGUCAUAUUUCCACAGUCCCUGUUCCAGAAAGAAAGAGAGAAAGGACAUGUGGGGUCCAGCUGGUAAAGGAUUUGAAGGAGGUGAAGACCAAUUUUUUUUUCCCUUGAGAAAAAAAUUGCUAUUUCUCUGAGCAAGGCAAGACUUAUGUGUUAUGAAAAGGUGCCUGGGCAGUUAUCCGCACUGCCAAAUCUUAAGUCAAAUUGUAUGUAUCGCCUAGCCUUCCAGAGAGCAGUGUCUAAUAGUGAUAAGCUCAUCACACAGGACUCUCCUGAAACUUUUUUGGUCUGUUUUCUGAGCUCUGCAUUUCAAACUACAAAAUGCAUGGCCUGGGGAACGCUCAUCCACCAUGUCAGUGUCUUCCUCCAAAGCCAGAUUUCCAGCUUAAAGAGACCUUUAAAGUAGCAAAUAUCACAGAGAGAAGAAACUCAUCACAACAAAACACUGAGCCUUUAAUCAUGUGCACUGGCCGCUGAAGUGUGGGCCCUGCCUGUCUACACGCAUUAAUCACUGUCAUUGCACAGCCUCGUCUGUGCUGAUGCGUGAUUCUGGGUCGUGGGUCUUGUGACUUUCAAUAAAGCGACGCAAUUGUAAACACGCUCAACCAGCUGCUGCUGACUCCUUCCCAUUUUUAUGCCAUUAAAACCUCGUUUGCUUUCAGAAUGAGUUUGUAAAAUUAUAUAUGUCUAUUUGCAAGGUUGAGUGAGGGCACAAAUUGACCAGCCAUGGAUGGAGGCCACGACCCGUGCGUGUGAUGAGGAAACUGAAGGACUAAUCAAGAUGACUGCCUCGUUUGAUAGUCUGGCUCUCCUCUCCAAAGAGAAGCAAUGUGCAGAGAAGCGAGAGCUGUUAAAAAUAUAGUCAAUUGGAAAGGGAAAGCUGGAAUUCCUAAGAAUGAGUCCAAGGGGAUAAUAUGAAAAAAUACAUUUAGAAAGCAAGAGGAAAAGAAAACCCUUAAAUAAGUGAGCGUGGCUGGAUUAAUAACAGACACUAGUGAAAAUAGAAAAGCCCACUCCAACUUAGAAAAAAAAAAAAAAACUGAUCACCCCAACUUCUUGAGGAGCCCUGCGAUUUUGAGGACAAAUUCUCAUUUAGGUUUUCAGGAAGUGUAAACACGCUUCCCAGGCUGAGCUGUGCUCAUCCUAUGGUCAGGUUACAGGGUCAUCCAUAGGAAGCUCUGCUCGGUUCCCAAGGCUGAGAUGCCAUGCCAUGCACAAUGCCGGGGCAGAGUAGAAUGGAAUGGGGGUUCCUGUUGCCAGUAAAUACCCAGGAACUACCAUGCGGCCGUUUAUUUUAAACAUAGGAAGGGAAAUAUGUGCCUGAUGUUGAACAGAAAUUAAUCAUUGUGAUGUCAAAGCUGUUUAAAAGGCUUUCAAGAAAGAAAUACUGAAUCAGAGACAAGUGUCUCCUUAGAUCUUCUCAUAGAAGAUGGUGGUCAUUUGGUUUUGCAGUUCUAUAUUGUCCUUUUUAAAAUCUAAAGUGAUUUUGUUAUAGUUUCAGAUAUAAAGCAUCUUUUGCAGGAAAAAAAAACAUUUUGAACCUCCUACAUUUUAACCUUUUAAAAUGUAAAAUGAUUGGACCUGAACUACCCACUGGACAUGAAAUGAUAUGGGGAUCACAGAUAUCAGUAUGCAAAUCCAGUCAAAUGGCUUUGAUCUCAGAGGCAAUGGAAACCCACAGCCUUGAAGAGCUGUCACACUUGUGGGGCAAGAUCUUUGUCAUAACUUCUGAACACCUCCCAGACUACUCCAUUCCUCUCUGUUCCCUUCCCAAGUCAAACAGUAACAGGGAAGCACCUUCCUUCUCUGCCAUUCUCCCUCUUCUUGCCCUAAAUAUUGUAAAUACAAAAUAAACAUCAUUAAACAUUCUUAAAUGUUCUCACACUGGCCCCAUUGGUUGAAAGAUUUUGCUUACAUUAUACAAAAAUUGUUGUUUAACUAUGAUUAAAUUGAUUUCUUUUUGCCCUGAAAAUAGCCGUAAUCCCCUCCAUCAAGGAAAGAAAGAAAUUGAAAAUGACAGACUCCCUCCCUUAUGCCUCAUUCACACCCAGAGAGCCCGUCUUUCACAGUUCAACUGUGGGACUGAUUGUGUGGAAGACUUACCCUGCUGUGGGAAGAGUAGACAUCACACCUUUUACUUGACAAUAACCACACACUCAUCCCUUCUUCCCAUAUUUUUUCCCUUGGCUUAAAAUAGCAGAUGUUCCUUCCAGUUAGCAGUUCUCUGAGGCAAAGACCCAGGUGAAGGCUCAUUUCUGCUUGAAUAAUCCAGGAUUAGUAUCGCCAUCACCUCUGUUGCCGAACAGGAACAGCAGCUGGCUGGCAAGACUGCUGAGUGAACAGCCUGUGUCUGUGUGCAUGCUAGCUUCAUUGUGCAUUGCAGUCAAUGAUGGAUCUUAAGAAAUUCAGUGAGAAAAAUGUGGUGCAGAGAAACAGUAAUGGCUUUAGGGUCUGAAAAGACGGGCUUUCCUUUAAAAAAAAAAAAAACAAGUCAUAGAAAAUCGACAAAAUUCUAUAGUCCUAAAUCAAUGACUAUCUUAUGAAUAUUUGUUUAGACAGGUUUUAUUACAAUCUGCCAAGUUAAACAAAAAAGGAUAUAGGAUAGUCCUUCUAGAAGAAAAGAGUCUCCAAGAUUUCUCAUGUCCCAAAUUCUUGUCAAAGGGUGAUGCGUCGCCAUUUGUUUAUUAAAAUAUCAUCAUGUAUCCUAGGAAAAGGUGAAAGGAACGUGCAAGCAUUUGCUCAAGAUGGUUCAAUCAGCUGUUUCUGGGAGGAACAGAAGAGAAAAACAUGUAUCUGAAAGAAACCGCAAAGGUACAUUGAUUAAUGGAAUGUGGGCUAUUGUGUAAACUUCCUUGUAAAUUCUGUACAUAGUUCACUGAGCUGUCCCUGUGAUGUGCUGGUCCUCGACUUUGGGUGGAUGUUUGGAAAACCUGAUUAUUGUAAAUAUUGUAAGCUUAUGAAGCAUUUGCUUUUACUCAUAAAGUGAAAUGAUUAGUGAUUUGGGCCCAAAUCAGAAUCUCUCCAGCUCUUGCUCUUUCGUGCAUACAGUUGUGUGACUCUGCUGUAAGCCAUAGCCAGGUGUCUGUGAUCACUGCCUCAUGCCUUUACCCACUUUAAGGGACAGCAGCUGCCUAGAAGGCUGCCAACCUGUGGGGCCAAAGAACAGAGCACCAGCAGAAACCAGAACUGGAGCAAUGUGCUCCUUGAACAGUCACGAAAAGCAGAUAAGUUGUUUUCACUCACUGUAGCUAUUUGUAUCAUCAAGAACUGAAUUACUGAUGCUGUUCAAGGAGUCAGGGAUUGAAGGGAUGCUUAAAACCCACAGGUAAUCCAAAGCUUCAUUUGCACCAAUACCUUUAGCUUCUAAACUAUGUUUUCUAGAACUUCGAAUAAGAUUAAAAAUGAAUAGAAUAGUUGGGUUUCAUCAGGGUGGACAAUAAACAUCUGAAGGAUAAGCAAGGGUGCAGAGAGAGACAACAAAUGCCCUUGAUAGCAUUGGGUGCCAGACACAUACCUGACAGACACAGAGGUAACCAUAUCCUUACUUUUAAAGGUAGAGAAAAAUUCUGAUGUGAACUGAUUGAGAAGGCAAACAAAAGCAUUUAACGA